AUGGCCGAUACCCCUACCUCCCUGCAAACAGGCUGGCGGAUAUCCAAAGCUUGCCAAGAAUGCAGGAAGAGGAAGAUCAAGUGCAAUGGCAGCAAUCCAUGCAAAACCUGUCAGCUACGAAAUACUCCUUGCGUCUAUCGUGAUGUGAUCAGACAGCGCAAGAGAAAAAACCAAACGAAUCGUGAUAGCGAUUCCUUUGAGUCAGAAGUGACAAUGCGCUCUGGAAAUGGGGCGGGCCCGCGAUCGCCUGGCCUACCGCCGCGGCGCAACCCAUCCAAUAAUUAUACCAUUAACAACAGUGUCUCAGCGACUCAUGGGGAAUCUCCGUCGUGCAAGGUUCAGCUGUACUAUGGUUCCACGUCCCACUUUGCUCUCAUGCAUGAAAUAUAUCGGGAUCUAGUGUCCAACCAGACGCCGGGAUUGGAAAAGCCUCAUGGUGAGGUCGAAGAAGCUAGAGCCAGUCUUGAUAUGUUCAAUUUCCGUCGAAUCUUCUUUGGAACACCGGAUGAUCCCAAGGAGCCGAUAAAAGCCUGCAAGGCAAUGGACAUGCCGGUUAUGUUCCUGCCUCGUGAGGUAGCGAAUCUAUUUCUGCGGCGCUUCCUGUCAACAUUAUAUACCUUGGUUCCGUUUCGCUCUAAAGAUUCCUUUGAGCAGCAAUUGGAGCAUCUCUACAACCCCACCCCUGGAGCUCGCUCUGAAACCUGGGGCCAAUGUAUGCUUCUGUUAGCGCUGGCUAUAGGAGCUCUCGGCACAGAGCAUUAUCGCUGGGGUGAUGUGUUGUACGAUCGUGUGAAAGCAACUUGCAAUUCGUUAGAUGACAUUCACGCCCAUUACCAGAGUGAGCAGGGGAGACCGAACUCAUCCUUCCUUCACUUGGGUGCUGCGUCGCGAAAGGCGCUGUCAGCUGGGCUGCAUAAGGAAGCCCCAAGCCAAGGCGGAGAGUCCACAGACAGUACACAAGAGAGGCGGUUAACCUUCUGGUCUCUAUAUUUCUACGAAACUUGGUUCUGUUUCCAUCUGGGACGACCCUCUUCACUCUCGUUAAGGGACGUCGGUAUCGAACUGCCAGAGAACCCUUUCCUGUGUACCUUGACUUAUGUCUGUAAAAUUAUCGCUCGAUUGGCGGACGAGAUGUUCGGUCAUCACCAUGACUCGCUGUUACAGAUGUGGAGACUUGCCAGAUCUAUCACAGACGAUUAUCGACCAUAUGAGAUGCAGAUGCAACAGGCCAUUGGUGUCAACUUGGAUACAUGUCCUCAACAGGGCUCCCUCGGCGUGCAGCAGACGGUACUAACAACCAUCUACUACCACACGGUUCUCUUGACCUUUCGUCCGUUUCUGAUCUUCCGGGGCCGGUGGCAGCAAGAUAUGAACGACUCUUCCCAGCAUGGCAGCAAUCGUCCAACAGAAGCCCCCGCAUGGCUUAAUGAGGCUUGCAAUAAAGCCCUGGGAGCCUCCUGUAGAACCAUUCAGUUUCUAAGUGAAGCAGCUGCGGCUAACGAGUUUGUCCGAGAACUCCGCUAUCACGGAUACUUCCUAGGAAGUGCCUCUUUCGCCAUGAUCUACGACCUAAUGCAUGGGAAAGACCUUGCUCCCACACACCUUCCAUGGAUUUACGCUGCCCUUCAGAGUCUGUCGACUAUGCGAGAAGGUGAUCCUAUCAAAAGCACAAUAACGGCUAUUCAAACUGUCCUGAGGAAACUGAAUCCUGCUUACGAGUGGGUCCCUCCAAAGGCAUACAAUAAUACUAUGGGUCAGCAAUCCACCACGUCACAGCCAUACUCUAGUGAUAUUCCAAAUCCCCAAUCUCAGAGUAUACCCGAACCGUCCUUGCCGGGAAUACCGCUACAGCCUUUACAAACCAGCAACGGUUUACCCAUUCUAUCAGAGUUUCAGAAUAAUUCGCUACAGGCUGCGCUCAACCCGCCAAGCGGGAGCCUUGGUAGCGGCGAGGAUCUUUUGGAUCUUACACUGUCUGAUGUGGGAUGGGACUUUGAUUUCUCCACCAUGGACCUGGAGACUUUCUUUUCGAUUUAUCCAAAUGUGGAGACUCCGACUGCGUGA